CACAGCCCGACGUCCCCGGAAGGGGUGGACGGAUCCUGCUCGCUGCUGAGCCACGCCGGGGACACCCCACAGAACACACUCGGAGCAGCGCGGCAGGGAGCUCAGCCACAGCGAUGGCGUCACAGCUGGAAGGGGCCAUGGAGACACUCAUCAAUGUCUUUCACCAUUACUCGGGCAAAGAAGGGGACAAGUACAAGCUGAGCAAGAAGGAGCUGAAGGAGCUGCUGCAAAGCGAGCUGGGCUGCUUCCUGGAGACCCAGAAGGACACAGGUGCUGUGGAGAAGAUCAUGCAGGACCUGGAUGAGAACGGCGACGGGGAGGUGGACUUCCAGGAGUACGUGGUCCUGGUGGCCGCCCUCACCGUGGCCUGCAACACCUUCUUCUGGGAGAACGCCUGACCACGGCCGGUCCCCACCCCGCAGCAGCCGGCCACGGUGUCCCCAAAACGCAGAGCCCCCCGCCAACCCCCCCAGCUCACUCUCCACUGCCCAGCACACCCUGGGGAUCCCACUGGGAUCCAGCUCCACAAUAAAGACACCGCCCCAGCCAGA